GGCUGAUCGCGCGCCCGUCAGUGCACACUGUGAGCGCAUCCGGACAGCACCGGGCAGCCGAUCCCGCGCGCGCGCGAGCCAGCGAGUGAGUGCGAGUGUGUGCUGAGUUCCAGCUGCACGCAGCGUCACUGCACCAUCAUGGAGCCGCUGCGGACUGUGUCGGCGGCCGUGUGUCUCCUGCUCGCGCUGUGGUGGACCACACCAGGACUGGCCUGCAACGAGGCCGUCUGCGCCAGUAUCGUCUCCAAGUGCAUGCUGACCGGCAGCUGCAAGUGCGACAUGACCGACCUGUCCAACUGCACGUGCUGCAAGGAGUGCUCCGAGUGCCUCGACAACUUGUAUGAGGAGUGCUGCUAUUGCUUCAAGAUGUGCCCGAAGCCGGAGCGCAGCUGGUCCGAUCUGGCCAUGCACUCUGAGGUGGAGGAGUUCCACGACCCCGAGAUCGGCCUCUUCAGCACCCUGACCAACAAGCACGACCCCAAGCAGCGCUGGAUCAGCUAUACGUUUCCCGUGGACCACCAGAUCGUCGACUUUGGACACAAGUACCAAAUCCGAAUAGUGUCAGUGGACGAGAGCGCGCCAGAGGGCGGCACGGAGCCGCAGCAGGUGACCGUCAACUGCACGGUGGCCUACCUGACGCAGUGCCGCUCCUGGGCCAAGUGCUCCUUCUCGUGCCAGACCAUGGGCGCCAGAAGCGUGCGCUGGUUCCACAACGGCUGCUGCGAGUGCAUCGGCAGCACGUGCAUCAACUUCGGUAUCAACGAGAGCAGGUGUCUCCGGUGCUCCGAGGACGAUAACGAGGAGAUACCGGACGCAGAGCUGGACGAGGCGCUCAUGGCGUACGGCGACGACCCGGGGAACGUGCUCAAGUAGCCGCCACACCGCUGGCGCGCCGAAAUGAAACCGGCGGACCUGGGUCGACCGGAGUACGGACAGCAGCCCAGUGUCGUUUUGUGAUGGAGAUCGGAAAGAGGGCUCGAUGAUCGAUCUGGUGCGGAAUGUAGACCCUGCCAGACGCGGGAAUCAAUCCGUAAAGGCAGCGGAACUCAAAGUCCUCGCAAAGUGACAUGGCGCGGAGAUCGCAGCGUGCAAUGAAGGAGCACAGAGUUGAUGAGGACAUUCCCAUCUCCUGAAAAGCCGAGUCUGAUCGUGUUAUAUGCGCCGCGUCACCGUGCCAGGUCAAAUGUGAAUGUCGUGCCGCAAGAUUGACAACCUGGCGCCUGUGAAUAGGUGGCAGACGAAGGACAAACGACAGUCGUGCGGAGCAGCGAACGCUGUAAGAUGUCGCCGAAGAAUGGUGAGAAGUGGUGUUAAGGCUGGGAACUGUGAUGCUCGCGCGAACCGGGAGCAGUACAAACUGACCGUGACACCGGCUAAACCGCAGCCGGAGUGUCAUAUUGUGUCAUAUUGGAGGUCACGGACAAACUGACUGUACAGAGGCCAAGCUGUGACACAAGUGGUUUAUGUGUCAUGUGAGGGGGAUAGAAUCGGACAACCUGAAACCGUGACACAGGUGCUUAUGUGUCAUGAGGGAUGAGAUCGGGCGACGACCGGUCCGAAGAACAUGUGUUAGGGUCUGGGCUGGAUGGGGUGGGCAGGGGGAGGGAUGAAAGGCCGCCAGCUAACUCCGUUCCGGCCGAGAGAAUUCGGCCAUAACACAGUGCCAAUGACGUGUAAACGUGGCUAUUCAGUGCCCGCGUAAUGCGUGCAUGUGUUUUAUCUGACGACGUGUAUGAAUAUAACGUAUACGUAAGUGAC